ACAUUGACUUUGGGGGAAAAAAACCUUGUGUGGAUGAUGUAAAGUUGAGAAAAGGAACUAGCUUUUUUGCUCUGCCUUCUCUCUUGAAUUCAUGUCUGAUACAGCAAACCAAACUCCUAAUCCUCAAGAGGCCGAUCUCUUAAUUCGCUCCGUCAAACGUAUUAAAGGGGAUGGUAACCCCCCUAUUGCUGAGGAAUAUCAACUAUAUGAAGCCCCACCAAAGCAAUUAUCAUACAGAGACAUGGUCUCUUGUCUGGAACCUGUUGCAAUCCUCUGUGAUAGCUCAAAUAGAGAGGAAAUUCUGGACGAAGAUUCAGAUUAUGAAGAUGAUGGGUCUAUCCCUACUAUACUCAUCUCGAAAGAAGAAAAGAGAAGGAUUCGAAUGCCAUGGCUCAAUUCCAUAAUUAUAAAAGCCUUUGGCACAAAAAGAGCUGGCUAUAACUUCAUCCUUCCUAGGAUCAAAGCUCAGUGGAAACCGAGAGGCAAAAUGGAUUGCAUUGAUCUGGGUUUAGACUUCUUUCUUAUUCGUUUCCAUGAGAAGGAAGAUCUGAACCGUGUUCUUCAUGGGGGACCUUGGUUUGUCGAUCCCCACUUUCUCACAAUUAGAAAGUGGGAGCCUUCAUUUGAUCCAGCAAAAGCCACCUUCACGACCACAGCUAUAUGGGCUAGACUCCCGCGCCUUCCUAUUGAAUGCUAUGAUGUACAAAUCCUUCAGCGUAUUGGCAAUAUGUUGGGUACUCCGCUUCGGCUAGAUGCUCAUACUACCCACCAAUCAAGAGGCCAAUAUGCAAGAAUCUGUGUACAAGUCGAUCUUGAUGAACCUUGGUACCUUUUGUACGUAUUGGCAAACAUGUCCAAAAGGUUCUUUAUGAGGGACCUGCUGCUUUAUGCUACUCCUAUGGCUCAAACUUCACAAACUUCUAUUGAUGGAAAUUGUAAUGAGCCACCUGCGAACCAAGGGUUUGGACCAUGGAUGCUGGUGGAGAGGCGAAAGAACAAGAAAAAGGUCCGCACAAAGACUAUAGCUGAUAAAGCUAUUGUUUCAGAUAAGAUUUCAUUGUCACCAUUUGUGGCACGUGGAAAGGCUUCCUCUUUUAAAAAAUAUGGUUCCCAACCAAAAAUCUCACAAAAUGUCCGGAAUCAUCCUUUCACGAAAUCAACCCCCUCCACUGGAACUUCGGAUCAUGGAUCCAAUCACCUUCACCAAGCUAGGUCACUUGUGGGAUGUACUGCUAAUCAACAGGAACAAUCAAGCAAUCCCAAUAGAGAAGGCGUUGUCAUUAGUCCUCAACAAGAAUCCGGAGUCGAUCGAGGGAUGGACAUUGGAAAUGAUCCUGAACUGUUGGCUGAAUCCCAUUCUUAUAAUGAAAGGAGUAUAUCCCAAUCCUUUUCUUCCCCCACCAAUGGAAGGGAUUCCUCUACCUCUGGAACACCUGUCUCUAGACUCAUGCAUCCUUCGGAAGGCUAUUUGGAUGAUAGGAUGCAUGAAGACAGUGCAUCUGGUGGUCACGAAGGAGGAAGCAUAGAAUUCUAUGCUCCAGUACCAACAGAUUGUGCUACCUUACUACUUCCCAAGAGUCAAUAUGAUGGUUAUGAGCAAGGAAGGUCAGUCGAAGUGGCUCCAGGAUCUUGCCAGUUGGCAGGAGAAAGAGUUAAAAAAGCUGCUAAAGCCCUAAGAUUUCCUAAAAAGGUCAUAGUCGACUCAGAUGGCUUUGCUGGGGGUAUUUGGCUAUUGUGGGAUGACACGAAGUAUACUAUAGACAUUCUUAAUGUAGGACCGCAAGCCAUCCACGCCAAUGUCCAGCAAUCUUUUCCCUGCUCAAACAGGAAGCCUUUUAGACUUGAGAAAUUUUGGCUCGAACAUGAGUCUUUUAAAGAUCUUGUAGCCUCAAAUUGGACUUCACCUAAUCUAUCUAUCUCUGAUUGCUCCAUUGUUUUUCAAAACAAUGUUAAGCUUUGGAGUAGAGCUACUUUUGAUAACCUUCAUAAAAAGAAGAAGAAACUCAUUGUGCGACUAGGAGGUAUUCAACAAACCCUUCAAUCCAAGAACAGUUCCUUUCUCAUAGAUUUGGAAAAAACUCUUUCUAAAGAAUAUCAGGAUAUUCUCAAGUAUGAGAAAGACAUGUGGUUCAUGAAAUCUCGGCUCCAGUGGAUCCAGAAUGGUGACAGAAACACAAAAUUUUUUCAUGUGUCUACUUUGAAACGCAGAUCAUACUAUCGUAUUUUGGGACUCAAAGAUGAUACCGGUUCUUGGAUUACUGAUGCUACUGUCAUUGAAAGUAUUAUUACCUCCUAUUUUAAGAGUCUCUACAAGACUUCUUUUCUUAAAUCCUCCCAUGACUCUUAUAGUAGUGUUCAAAGUGCCCCCUUUAUUGAUCCUUCUUGUUGGCAUGGAUUGAUUGACCUUCCCUCAGAGUUUGCGAUUAAACAUGCUCUUUUUGCUAUGAAGCCUUUUAAGGCACCUAGUCCUGAUGGACUACAUGUAGCUUUUUUUCAAAAAUACUUCCUUAUUCUUAAGGAAAGAAUUUGUUUGGAGAUUAGGGAUAUCUUUAACUCUGGCAUUAUACUUGAGUCUUGGAGCGCUAGCUUGACUACUCUCAUCCCUAAAAACAAUAAGCCUGACUCUGUUUCUCAUUUUAGACCUAUUGGCCUUUGCAACACCUCUUAUAAGAUUGUCAAAAAAAUUAUUGUCUUCUGCCUUAAGAAUCUUAUUGGAGAAUUGAUUUCUCCAAUGCAAUCCAGCUUUAUUCCUGGGCGUAAUGGUCAGAACAUCAAUCAAGAGAAAUCUAAAAUCCUUUUCUUUGCAAAUGUUAAUCCUGAUAUCAAGCUUGCUAUAUGUCAUACUCUUGGUUAUAUGGAAACUCCCUCUUUGGGAAAAUAUCUUGGCUUCCCUAUUACCUUUAGGAGGAUCAAAAAAUCUGACUGUAAUUUUAUUGUUGACAAGGUCAAAUCUAAACUUGCGGGGUGGAAAGCAAAUAUGCUCUCGCUUGCUGGAAGAGAUUACUCUCAACCUAGGAAAGCUGAGGGUAUUGGCAUUAGAGUUAGCAGUGAAGUAAACCAAGCUGCCAUGGCCAAACUUCACUGGAGGAUGAUUACUGAAGUUCAAAAACCUUGGGCCAAAGCAUUCAUAUCCAAAUAUAAGAUUGACCUUCCCUACCAUAAUUUUUCUCGAUCAUCCUCCCCCAUUUGCAAAGACAUCCCUAAAGGGAAAGAUAUUGUUGACAAAGGCAUCAGCUGGGUUCCACCUAAUGGCUCCAAAAUCAAUUUCUGGCAGGAUAGAUGGAUUCUAAAGGAAUCUCUUUGUUCUGUUUUUUAUGGCCCUUUUAGACCACAUGAUUUGGACAUUACUGACAUCAUCCAGAAAACUAUGGCCAUUGCUUUUCAGAGGCAUAGUGCUGAGCAAGACUCCUUUAGGUGCCCUAGAUGUAGAAAUGGUCCUGAAACUCUUACUCAUAUUUUUAGGGAAUGUCAGUAUGCUGCACUCUUUUGGAACUCUAUUAUUCCUCAAUCCAUUUCAACAUACAAUCAAAAUCUUGAUUUCAAAAGCUGGAUUAAGGUCAAUGUCGGUGUACAUAAUUCUCCUCCAUCAUCUUCCACUUGGCCUACUGUUUUUUCAUAUGCUGUUUGGUCCAUCUGGUAUUCUAGAAAUCAGCUUGUGCAUGAUAACAAACAUAUCUCUAUUUUCGAUCUGAAAUGUUCUACUUUGGAUAGAGCACAGGAAUUCAUUAGACUUCAACCUGCUCUUACUACCUUUCAACCUAAAACCAUUGUUUCUGUGGGCUGGUCACCUCCCUCUCCAGGUUUUGCUAAAUUAAAUACAGAUGGUUCUGCCCUUACUAAUCCUGGUAUAGCUGGGGCAGGAGGCUUGCUACGUGACCAUCUUGGCAGAUGGAUGGUUGGCUUCUCACGAAGCAUUGGAUGGACCACAAGUAUUGCUGCAGAAUUAUGGGCUAUUAGAGAUGGCUUGGAAAUUGCUGCUGGGAAAGGAAUCUCUAAAACUAUUGUGGAAACUGACUCAAAAGUUGCUGUUUUACUUAUUGAGUCUAUUGAUACUACUUUGCACUCACUUGGAACUCUUAUUUCUGAUUGCAGAUGGCUUCUACGCCUCUUUACGGAUGCUAGGAUCUCCCAUAUAUAUAGGGAAGCUAAUGCGGCUGCUGAUUUUCUUGCUAAACUUGGAUCUACUAGUGCUAAUGAUUUUGUCUUGUAUGAGGAAAGUCCGCCUGGGCUUUCUUCCAUUUUGUAUCAUGACUUAAUUGGGACUUCCUUCCCAAGAACGAUUGUAGCCAGCUAAUUAUCAAUAUAUCUCCUUUUUCUAC